AUGUUCGUUGUUUAUUUCUUAUUAUCUUAUUCAUUGUCAAAAUAUGUCAUAGGUCCAGAUAAAGAUGAUAAUUAUGCUUACAAAUCGGGUGUAUGUUAUUACACUGGAGAUGAUUUUUACAACAAAGUUGAAAUUGAGGGGUCAACCAUCAAAGCUUACGAAUCACAAGAUUGUAAAAAGUGGUCUGAAGUAUCAAUUGAAGAUUUUGGGAAAGGAUUAACAAUUCAAAGUGAACUUCCUUUGUAUUCUGCAAUGGCACUUGAUUAUUCCGAUAAAAGUGAUUGUAAAUUGCAACUAGCAGAUUCUUUUCCAAUGGAAAAAUAUUUCAAAGAAGGUUGUGUGAAAUUGACUGAUACAUCUUCUAUAAAAACUGAAGCCACUUCAGACAGUGUUUUGGUGUUGACCUACGACAAAGUGCCAGAUUGUAAAGGAGAACCAUCAAAAACCGUUACAAAACCGGUUGAUAAAUGCAUAUUGGAAAUUGAUACUUACUUCAUAUACUCAAGUGGGACAAAUAUGGCAUUUGUGGCUAUGGUUGCAGCAUUGUUAGUUUUGCUUAUUUAA